UCGGCAUUCAUGCCUUAUAUGCGACGGUUGCAGCCUGUGCACGCCAUAUGCUUUGCGGAAAAAUGCACGGAUUAUAGCUGCACGUUGAAAAGAAAAACAUCUAUUUAUCGCAGAAAACGGUUAAAUAACAAGUGUGAAAUCUGUGUGAAGUAGAUUGAGAGCUCAACGUCUAUCUUAAUUCAGUCAUAAAUCGCAUAUACAGCCUUUUAAAAAACAUGUACGGCAUGCAAGCACAACCAUCCAUGUACCCCCCUCCUACUGCAAAUUUCCCAGGUUUGGCAAGUGCCCCGAUGGGUUCUGCCAGCAUCCCUGGGUACGAAGGAGUAGGUGGAGGUGGAUUCCUUCCUCCUCCGAUUCCUGUGAAUCCAUUCCCUCAGCCUGAGCCGCAAUAUGUGGACUGCAGUGCCCCACCUCUGACUGAGGAAGCAGCACGCAGCGCCCUUAAGGAGUAUGUGUCUGGUCAUUGCUGUUAUGGCUCCGACCCCGCAAAUAAUGGGAAGAUCACGGAUAUGAAGGCAUUCAACACCUACAGGUACCGCCUGGAAACCUUCACGGAGUCCAGAUCUACAGGGUGGAGCCAGGAGCCUUACACUGGUCAAGCAGUUGAUGCACUUAUUCAAAUGGCACCAACUCCCUGGAACAUUCCUGCCCAGCCCCCGGAGAUGUUUAAAGACACCACCAAAGACAUCAAGGUUCCCAACACCUCAUCUCUCAAGGAUUGUGAUACCUGUCAUGCCAAAGGGGCAAUAAAGUGCACCAACUGUGAGGGCUCUGGAAAACGUCAUGUUGGAGAUCAGCCAGCUUCUAACAGUGACGGAUACAGCAGCGUAGCUGAGAGCACAUGCUUGGAUUGCAGUGGGAAGGGUACUCAGGAAUGUAAGACCUGCAAAGGGAAGGGGAAACUCGUGGUCUUCAUCAACUUGAAAGUGACAUGGACUAACAAUAAAUCGGACUAUACUAUGGAACAAUCCAGUGGCUUGAAAUCUGACAUCAUAAGUACUGUGUCUGGAAAGAAACUGCUAGAAGACUCCAAACCGCUGGUGUACCCUGUAAUGGGAUUCCCAGAUGUGCAGCUGAAUCAGGAGUCCCAACGCUUGGUGAAGGAGCACCAGACACAGUACUCUCAAACGGGUCGCAUCCUCCAGCAGCGGCAAACAAUUGAAUACAUUCCAAUAACCAAGGUAACAUACACGUGGAAAGAGCGGACGCUCACGUAUAUCGUGUUUGGGAAUGAGCAUAAGGUCUACACCAGCGAUUACCCUGACACCUGCUGCUGUACUAUACUAUAGAGCAGACAGCCUGCUCUGUAUACCUGAUCACACCUGAAUAAUAUGUUAUCAUGUGUGAUUAUAUAUGUUUAGAGUCAAAAAUACCGACGAAAUAGUUAAAUAUGUGAAGCAUUAUUGUGACUGUAUUUUCUUUAACAAUGGCAUGCUACAUUGUGCUGUAAUGCUACGUUCAUUCAUUUUUAUGCUUUUAUUUUUUUGAUUUGGGAGCAAGUAUUACAUUAUAAUGGUAUAUGCGAACGCUGUAUAGUAGUGUAGAAAAAAUACUAAUAUACUCACCUCUCUAUUAUUGAUGGUUUCAUGACAUAUCUUUUCAUAAAUAUUAGAACUUUAAUCCUCUUUAUAGUAUUACAGGUGUGAUGGGUAUUAAUAUGCAAAACUGUGUUUCGGAUAUUAUAGUAGAUAUCAAAUCACCAAAUACUGACCCUUGUAGUUAUAACAACACUGACCACUGUAAUUAUAGAACACAUAUGCGGUAUGAAAGGUUAGAGUUCGGUUAUGGUCAGAUUUCAGGAGACAAAGUAUUCUUGUACCUGGGCUGUAACUAUGGAAAGAAAAAAAAACAAAUAAAACUCUUUAUUGAGGGA